UGUCCCUCAGUAGACUAGUGAAGUCAUCAGUGCCUUCUCCUCCUUUUAAGCAGGCAUUUUUGGGAGGGACGUCCCUGCAAGCAUAUACACACUCUGAGUGAAGCAUCCGCACUUGUCCCUCACACCGCACCAGCAACCAGCUCAGAACUCGCCUUUUCUCUUGCACAGAACAGGAAGUUGACGUGUCCUGACAUCAAGAUGGCAACAAAGAGUGUCGGCAUGGCUAACAAAGGUCCAUCCUACGGCAUGAGCCGGCAGGUUCAGGAUAAGAUCGACAGCAAGUAUGACCCCGAGCUGGAGCAGAUCCUGGUGGAGUGGAUCAGCCGUCAGUGUGGCUCCGGUGUGGGGAGGCCAGAGGACGGCAAAUUGGGCUUCCAGGCCUGGCUGAAAGACGGAUGUGUCCUGAGUGAACUUAUUAAUAGUUUGUUUCCCGGAGACAAACCGAUAAAGAAGAUCCAGAGCUCGCCAAUGGCCUUCAAACAAAUGGAGCAGAUCUCGCAGUUCCUCAACGCUGCAGAGAAGUACGGCGUCACCAAGACUGACAUGUUCCAGACCGUGGACCUAUGGGAAGGUAAGGACUUGGCAGCGGUUCAGCGGACCCUGUCGGCUUUAGGCAGCUUGGCCGUCACCAAGGAGGAAGGCACAUACAACGGAGACCCUAACUGGUUCUUCAAGAAAGCACAAGAGAACAAGCGAGAUUUCAGCGACGAGCAGAUGAAGGCUGGGAAAAACGUGAUUGGGUUGCAGAUGGGGUCCAAUAAGGGGGCCAGUCAGGAGGGAAUGAGCUAUGGCCGACCCCGACAGAUCCUUUAAAGUGUCCAGACAUGCAAAACCUCCUUAGCCUCCUUUUCCCCGGAAGCCUCAGAUGCGCUAGACAUCCUCCAGGAGCCUUUGGAUAACUGACUGCUCCUUUAUGUCUUAACCUUCUGCUUUAGAGUCAAGGAACCUCCUUAGUCUCAAAACCCUGCCUUAUGGUUCCUUUAAGUUUACUCUGGUGACCACUGCAGGACUCGGCAUGCUUUCCCUACAUCUGAGUGUCUUAAGAUGCAGCAAUAGCCAAAGAAAUCCUUGUGUACCAAAAGGCAAUUUAUGAUUUUUACAGUGCAUUGUUUAUCAAUUAGUUUCUCUUGAAAUAUUAACAUUUUGUCAUGUUUUCUACAUUUUCAGAACAUUGGUUCUACUUGCUAAGAAAGAAACAUUAGUUUGUUUACAGAAGAUUUAGAAGAAACUAUUCCCAAAUUGACAAGGACGACCAAAGGGUGUGCAGAUACUCUUUAAUUUUUACUGCUAGUAUCGUUUAGUAAACUGCCACUUCCUACUUUGCUACACCUGCUGUGUCAGUACCAACAGUUUUGUACGUUGUCUUAAUAAAUAAUGACUUUGACAUACA